UAAUUUUCUUCCCAAAAUGACCUUUUGAUCACCUGCAAUUGAAUUCUUCUGUGUUGAACCUCAACAACCCUUCACUGUCCUCUACUGAAUUCGCUGUAUGGAGGUAAGCUAAAUUUCUAUCCCGACUUUGAUACUGUGCGCUACAUGCUUGUUGAAUUGCUCCAAUGGGUUUCUCAUCAUGCUUAGUAAAGGUUUUCCCUUCUACCAUAUCCUUAAACAAUCAAAACCUCAUUCCUUUCAAAUUAUCUCAACGCCGUGAACUGUUUGUCUCAAUCUCCGCCUCAAAUUCCCCCUCUGCCGCCACAAUUUCACUCCUUAAAUCCAAACACCUCCCACCGGACUUCGCUCAGAGGCACCUUCUCGACACCCUUCGUCGGGAGAGUGAUGAAACCUCAGCUCUUAGCCUCUUUGAAUGGGCUUUAGAGCAGCCUGAGUUCGAACCCAGUCGGCAGAUUUGCGAGGAGAUUCUUCGCAAGCUUGGAAACGCGGGGUCCUUUGAUGCGAUGAGGCGAGUCUUGGAUGAUAUGAAAGAGUCCAAGGUUGAGAUUGGUGAAGGUACUUUCUUCAUCUUUAUUGAAAGAUAUGCCAAUUUUGAACUUUAUGAUGAGGCCAUUGGUGUUCUUGAUGUGAUGGAACAUGAGUUUGGUGUGAAACCAGGAAUCUUUAGUUACAAUUUAGUGUUGAAUGUUCUUGUUGAUGGGAAUAGAUUGAAGCUAGUUGAAGGUGUGCUUUCUAGGAUGUUGAGUGAGGGUUCAAACCCAGAUGUGGCAACUUUUAACAUACUGAUUAAAUCCCUCUGCAAAGCUCGUAAAAUUAAGGCUGCAAUUUUGAUGAUGGAAGAUAUGCCUAGACACGGUUUAUUGCCUGAUGAGAAGACUUACAACACAUUAAUGUGGGGUUAUAUUGAGGAUGGAGAUUUAGAGGGUGCAUUGAGAAUUAGGGACCGAAUGCUGGCAGAUAACUGCCCUCCAACCAAUAUAACGGUUAACGUUUUGAUUCAUGGGUUCUGUAAAGAGGGUAGGAUUGAAGAAGCUUCAACUUUUCUGCAGGAGAUGUCUAGCCAAGGGUUCUGUCCUGACCAUUAUACCUUCAACACUUGGAUAAACGGUUUGUUUAAAGCGGGGCACGUUUUCCAUGCUCUUGAUGUCUUGGAUAUGAUGCUUCAAAAGGGUAUUGAUCCUAAUUUAAUUACCUACAACACUGUGAUAUCUGGGCUUUGUGAAGCGGGUGAAGUGAAGGAGGCCGUUAAGGUUCUCACUCAGAUGAUUUUGCGGGACUGUAUACCGUAUAGAGUCACAUAUAACACUGUCGUCAGCACGUUGUGUAAAGAGAACCAAGUGCAGCAAGCCAUAGAACUUAGUUGUGUUUUUACGAGCAUGGGGCUCUUACCCGAUGUGUGUACUUUUAAUUCUCUGAUAAAAGGCCUCUGUUGGAGUAGCAAUUUCGAUAGCGCAAUGGAAUUGUUCCGAGAGAUGAAGACUGAAGGGUUCCAACCAAAUGUGUUCACUUAUAACAUUCUAAUCGAAUACGUUUUUGCAAAGAAGAAAUUGAACGAAGCAAAGGCCCUUUUAAAGGAUAUGGAAUUAAGUGACUGUGCGAAAAACGUAUUUACAUAUAAUAUAUUGAUGGAUGGCUUCUGCAAGAACAAUAGAAUCGAAGAAGCUGGUGAAAUAUUUGAUGAAAUGGUACUGCAAGGGAUCUCAAGGGACUUGGUGACUUAUAACACCCUUAUCGACGGUCUUUGUAAGGCCCAGAGAGUAGAGAAGGCGGCUCAGCUUAUGGACCGGAUGAUAAUGGAAGGAUUGAAACCUGAUACAUACACAUUCAACUCCAUUCUUCAUCCUUACUGCAGAACCGGUGAUGUCAAAAAGGCGGUGGAGAUAAUGCAAACCAUGACAUUGAAUGGCUGCGAACCAGAUGCUUUUACUUACGCUACACUUAUUCAGGGGCUCUGUAAAUCAGGAAAAGUCGAGGUCGCUACUAGGUUGCUCAUAACCAUCCAGAUGAAAGGGAUGGUUAUAGCACCGCAGACGUAUAAUCCCAUAAUCCAGACACUCUUCAGACAAAAGAGAACGAAAGAAGCCAUGAAGCUCUUUAGGGAAAUGGAGGAGAAAGCUGAUCCUCCAGACUACGUAUCUUAUAAAACUGUUUUCCGGGGCCUUUGCUCUGCUGGACCCAUUGAUGAAGCCGUUAACUUUGCUGUGGAGAUGAUGGAGAAAGGAUAUAUACCUGAAUUCUCUUUAAUCUACAAUUUGGCAGAAGGGCUGUUUUCUUUAGCUAGAGAGGAGACUUUAGCUAAGUUCAUUGCCAUGAUCAUUAAGAAAGCAGACUUCUCGGAAAAUGAGAAGGGUAUGAUUAAGGGUUUCCUUAAAAUCUGUAAAUUUCGUGAUGCAUUGGGCGCUCUUGGCCGCGUCUUAAAUAGCCAUUAUCCCAAAGGGAAUUUGGUAAAGGGAAGAUUGAGACAUUGAGUUGUUGAUUAGCAAGAAAGUCUGAAACUGUUUUGUUUUUGGUUUUUUCUCUAUUU